AUGAAAGGCUUCCCAUGCGAACAGCCUAUUGCUGCCUCUGAACCAGGAAAAGUUGUGUUAGACUGUGGAGCAGUUCAAGCAGAUGCUUUGAUAGUUGAUCCUAUUGCCUCCUUGGAAAAGAUUUCAGAUGUUGUCCCUAUUGCAUGCCGAGCAGUUGCAGAUGCUGGAAUUUGUUCUGUUUGCGUCACCAACUUCAGGGAACUUGCUUGCACUGUUGUUCAUGAAAUAACUGAUAUUGCUAUGCCAAACCUAAAUGGUCUUAUGCAGAUUGCUGAAGAUUAUUCCCAUAGAAAGUUUGUAAUCCGUCUACCUGGGGAUUAUGAUCUUCAGGGUAUUUAUUCUAGUUGGUAUUUGAAUAUUCCUUUUCAUUUUUUAGUGCUUGCAUUUUGUGGUGUUAUUGAUGUACCCCUUGUCGUGAGGAGAUUACACAAAUCUAGAGAAGAGGUGAGGAAAGAUCUUGGAGUUCCGGAUGAUGUGGAGUUAGUAAUUUUUAAUUUUGGUGGGCAGCCAGCUGGUUGGAAGUUGAAGGAAGAGUACUUACCUGCUGGUUGGUUGUGCCUGGUUUGUGGGGCUUCAGACAAUCAGGAGCUUCCCCCUAAUUUCAUAAAGCUUGCAAAAGAUGUUUAUACGCCUGACCUAAUAGCAGCUUCAGAUUGCAUGCUCGGAAAGAUUGGAUAUGGCACAGUCAGUGAAGCCAUGGCAUACAAGUUGCCAUUUAUCUUCAUACGCCGAGAUUAUUUUAAUGAAGAACCAUAUUUGAGAGAAAUGCUUGAGUAUUACCAAGGUGGUGUGGAGAUGGCCAGAAGAGAUAUGCUCAGUGGAUGUUGGAUACCCUACCUUGAACGUGCUGUUAACUUGAAACCAUGCUAUGAGGGAGGUACCAAUGGUGGUGAGGUGUUAAGGUUCCCAUUGCAGUACUAGGAGCUGAGAUUGACAACAUUGCUCCACCCGAACUCUUAAAACAAUAUGAUGAGGCCUUAACUUCUCAAUCUAAGGUAGGAAGAUCAAAUCCUUGUCUAGU